UUAUUUCUUGCAUAACUUUGCAAUUUUAAAACGAUUUCAUCUACUUGAUAGAAGAAAUUUUUGAAGGUGUAAUCUCAAAUCAAAUACAUAGUGUAUCUCUUUGUUGCUCAAUUCUAAAAUUUUUAAACGACUUCAAAUAUUUGAUCAACAAACUGAAACAGGUUGAAGAUGUAACAAUAUAUGUAUCUAAUUUUUUUACAACUCUGCAAUUUUCAGGUGCCUUAAAAUUUUUUCCUAAAGAAGAAAUUAAUUAAAUAUGCAGCCGCAAGAUUUGUUCAGUGAAGUUGUUUUGCGAGAGACUCUCGUGUAUUCAAAGAGAUGAAGUAGCGAAAUAUUCAAUCAUGCCCACGAAGAACCUGGAGGCGGUAGAAAUUUUGGAAGCCCUCGAAUCGAAGCUCGCAUACGUUCCAGGAGGAAGAGAUCCUGAGGGAAGGCCUUUGAUCGUGGUCAAUGUUCCUUCGGAACUGCAACCGAACACUAAACCAUGGCUCGAAGCUCUUAUCGCCUACUUCUUGUCGACUUUUAGCGAAGAAACCAAAAAAGCUGGUUUGGUUCUAAUCGUCGACGCAAGAAGAGGUGCAUGGCGUGUUGCAAGAUCGUGCAUUCGAUUAUCUAUGGUACUUUUGGGACCAUCUGCAGCUUCGGUCAUCGUGGUGAGACCUGAUGGUUUUUGGGACAAAAGGGUGGACAGUUGUACGAAAUCCCACAAAGAAGGCGAGCCGACGUAUCUCAUUCUGACGAGGCUUCACCUUCAUGUUGAUUUUGCUCAGCUGCCGUACGAGCUGGGUGGUAAUAAACCUUACGAUCAUGCGGAAUGGAUCCAGAAACGUGUGAAAAUAGAAGAUUACUGCAAAGAAGCGACUAAUCUUGUAUCCAGAAUGACUGACUUGCACCAAAGAUUAACAAGUCUAGAUGGGUUUCGAAUGUCCGAGUCAGAUGACGAUUUGGAAUCGUAUUGGGGGAUCAGCACUGAAUUGAUAUCCAUCGCACGACAUGUUCUUCAAUCAGGUAGAAAUCUAGUGAGUUCAAUGAGCAGAGAAACUGCGAAGGACAUUUUGGACACCAUAAGGAGGAUCCACGAGCUCAUCGACUCCAUUGAAUUGAAACAGGUGGAUAUCGAGAACUCAUGGUCUGAAAUGGAGAGGAAUCUGGACACCGCCAGAGUGAUCGGUGACCUUGAAAAGGGUGUGUCCCGGGUCACUGAUUGGAUCCUUGGACCUGCUGAUGCAAUGUUGAAUUCCUGUUGCCAGGUUGGGUUCGAUGUUUCAUCUUCGGAGGAACUGCGGAGGCGACAUGAAGAAUUAGAACUGGAGUGCAGGGAGACCUAUGGACGAUACGCAGAACUGUUACACAAAAUAGAUAGUCUUCCAAGCACUCGAUUAUCCGAAGACUUAAAGUCCCAACGAGACUUCAUGGACUUUGUGUGCAGAAGUUUCGCAAAUAGAUUAGAAAGAAGACGAAACGUGUUAAUCACUUCGCAAAGAUUCUUCAGACUAGUUUCCGAGUACUUUGACAAAACGAGCGAAGUGUUCGACAAAUUAGUGAUGGGUAAUAGGACUCAUGAUUUCUCUCAGGCUGCUGUGAAUCUUAUGAAGCUUGAACAGAGUCAGGCGAUUCUUGAAACCUUGGAACGUGAGUUGGUGAAGGUAGGUGAAAAAUUAUCGGACAUUCUCUCAAUGCCGGUGAAGGAUGCGCUCGGCAGAGAUGUGCAAGUCGACUAUGGUGAAGAUAUAGUGAACGUUAGAGAUAUUCUAGACGCAACAAAUGCGAGGAAGAAUAUUUUUAACGACAGUGUCGAACUGCAGAAACUGUCUCUGAAACAGAUUGCUUUGAUAUACACUUACGAGAGCGAUGCUGAACAGGCGGUUAAAUGGUUGAACGAUUUGUACGAGGUUCUACUGAAAAAUCAUAUGGAGGUUGGAUGCAAUGCGAUUGAGAUUCAGUCGCAGAAAGAGGAGCAUCAAUCUUUUCAGGAAACUGCCAAGGGAACAUACGAUUACGGUUGUCAAUUGGUGAACGGAGCUCGAGUGUUGAGGUUGUCCUGCAGGUUGCCACUGGAAAGUAACGCAAGUCUGUUCUCAAGGUUGCGACAAGCCUGGAAACAGCUUCGUUCCGUUGGUCAGGAACAAUUAACUAGGCUGAGAGUGUGUGCGGUUUUCCAUCGAAGCGUUGAAGAUCAUUGCUCGAAGCUGCGCGAUUUGAUAGAAGCAGUUGGUUUGCUACGCCGAUCUUCGAGAAUAGAGGAUUUGGCUGCCGAAAGCAGAGCCAGAGCGGAAAUCAGAGAUAUAUUGGGUAACAGGGAGAAGCUGCUUCUGGAAGUUGGACGGAUGGUGAGGUUGGGUCGCCUCUUGAGAACCAGAUUGAAGGAACCAUUGUGCCAUCAACGAAUGUCUGAAGCCGAGGAUGCCUCGGGCAAAGGCAGUAACCUGACAGCGGUGGAAUCGAUCUCGGCGAGGUUGGCGGAAGUAACGCGACUCGCCGAGAAACUGGACGCGAGACUUUGCGAGGCUGGAGCCAGGACUCGACCAGUUCCUAUGUCAUCCUCCGCGAUGUCCUCCACUUCUUCACUUUUUUCGAAUCAACCAACGACGACUGUCGUAUCAUCGUCUACUGUACAGAGUCAACCGAUUUCGAGUACGAUAUCAUCGAUUGGUGCUGCGAGUUCGAUGCCGUUGAUCAGCUCGUCGGAGAGUAUGGUGCCGUUUGGAACGAAAGGGGUUUGCACCGUUUUGAAGAGCACGAAACCUGUGGAGAGACCUGUGUCACCGAACGUGGGAGUUGUAAGUGGGAAUGGGGAAAAGGUGGAGAAGAGCGAAGAUCAGAAGAUGGAAGGUGAUGUACAAGAUGUUGGGGAUGAAGCUGAAUAUCCAGAGAAAAAUGAUGUUGAGGAAGCCAUCGAUAAAUCUUGUGACGAGAGUUUGGCAGAAGAUUCAAACAUAGAUGGGUAUGUGACAGCUACUGAAUGUUCCAUAACACCGACAGCUCGUUCCAGAAGUGAGUCAUUUGUGACAUCUCCAGAAUGUGAAGAUCUUGCUGCAGCAACUACUGUAGCGAUUGCAUGUGAAAAUUGCUGGAACAUGGAGGAGCCAAAGAUUACUGCCACAAACGCAGCGGUGUCCACAUGUGUGAUUAAACAAGAGGAAGCUUCCAAGGGUCAGAAAGUAGAAAAACAUAUUGUACCGAUGGAAACUCUCAAACCUGAAGUUUACGAAAUGAAUGGGGAGAAACAGGUUGAGAAACUCGUAGCAUUGGAGAGGAGAAUAGAUGAAGCCAUCGAUAAAUCUUGUGACGAGAGUUUGGCAGAAGAUUCAAACAUAGAUGGGUAUGUGACAGCUACUGAAUGUUCCAUAACACCGACAGCUCGUUCCAGAAGUGAGUCAUUUGUGACAUCUCCAGAAUGUGAAGAUCUUGCUGCAGCAACUACUGUAGCGAUUGCAUGUGAAAAUUGCUGGAACAUGGAGGAGCCAAAGAUUACUGCCACAAACGCAGCGGUGUCCACAUGUGUGAUUAAACAAGAGGAAGCUUCCAAGGGUCAGAAAGUAGAAAAACAUAUUGUACCGAUGGAAACUCUCAAACCUGAAGUUUACGAAAUGAAUGGGGAGAAACAGGUUGAGAAACUCGUAGCAUUGGAGAGGAGAAUAGAUGAAAAUUCUGGAAAAAUUGUGAAGGAAGUAACGGAAACGACGACCCUGCGGGUGUCCCACGACACUCGGUUAGGUAUCGCGUCCUAUAAAGUGAUAUCAAAUACCACUCAAGAUCAUCAUGAAAACGUGGAUGUCAAGGAAAUCAAGGAUAUCGAGCGCAUUAUAUCACCGGACGUUCAUGAGAAAACGAACGGAUUACAUCAUGACAUAGAAACUGGUUCGAAAACAGAGUCGUAUACCCGCAGAGACGAGUUGUCAACGAAAACGGACGAUACAGAACGUUCGAUAAAAUUCACGAAGAUAUGCGAGUUGAGCCAGGAGGAGAAGCCACGCAUGGUCCCCGAUACUUCGAGGGAUAUCACGUUAUUCUUGAAGGAGUACACGCGGCAUCACGAGGAUAGCGGUAUCGAGAUGUCGCCGACCAAGAAGGAAGAAACUCUGGAGGGGCAAGAUUUCCUCGAAAAAGCGAGGAAGGUGAGUUCGAUCGAGGUUUCUUCGAUGAAUGGCCACAGAAAGAACGAAUGCUGUUGCAGCUGCAAGUGCAACCAUGAGGCAUGUUUCGAUCGUUUUUCGAUCGUGCAACAAAAUGUCGAGCUUAAUAGUGCCAAUGAAAAUCGACGUUUGUCGCUGUCUAACGCUAGCUAACUGUGUGAUUUUUAUUCUGUGUUUAUGUAUUCUCUUUUCUGCAUGUUUAGAUUUUUGUAUUAGGAUUAGAAUUAUUUAGAUUAUGGGACCAUCUUAGUUAUGUAGAUUUUUAGAUACAUUUUUAGAUACAUUUUUAGAUA